AUGAAACGAGAUCUCGAUUCCGUUUCGUUCUUAGACAAUGAGCUUCUACCCUCGCAUGAGAUGCGUGUGGCAGGAGAGGAGCCAGCAAUGAAAAAGCGGAAGGAGGAGGAACUUGAAAGGAGUCUGGAACAAGAGUUCGAGCUCCUUUUCAAAGAGAGCGAUGAAAGCGCCGCCAAAGUCGCAGCCUCAAUGACGAAUUCGAUUCCAAAGGUCAAACUGAACUUGAUCUUGAAGAAACCUCAAACCCACGUUGCGCAAGAAGAAGCAUCGGCUUGUGAAAGCCCAAGGAUUACUGUCGCAAAUCAUCAACACCAGAACAACAACUUUAUCGAAAACGACGAUUCGGACUCCGAGUCUGAUGCUGACGAUAUGGACGAAGAUGUUACCGAUCCUCGCCUCGUGGCCAGAACUAUCUACGACCCUAUCACCGGUCUCAAAACCAGAAUCCAUUGGGACCAUCGUGUUCGUACAGCGCGAGCCAAAGAGAUCGAGGCCUUGUUUGACGAACAGCGAGUUGAUCCAAAGAAAGCUGCAGAAGUUCAUUGGACUUUGCGAUCGCAGCAGAAUAUCUAUCUGAUCUUGCUGGACGAGGAGAAGGGGCAUCAUAUGAAAGAUGAUUACCUCACGCGGAAGUAUUGGAAAGUCUUGAGACGAGUCUUUCCGCAUGGUGUCUACCGUCCGGAGGACAACCAUGAAGAAGACUUGUGGCAUAUCUAUUCCCUGUACGGAGCUCGGAUACCCUUCAUCCUGCUGGAUCUCGAUUUCAUGCCCGGAGUCGCCCUCGAAAAAAUUCAGCAGUCGAUGACGCUCCAUUUCGAUCCCACUAACAUGCCAAAGCUCUUCGACGCUAGUCAACUUCCGUCUUUCUUCGAAUGCAAAGAGCUUCCAGUCACAAUUGUUCCUUACCAAUCCAAGGUCUUCGAUGACAUGCACAAAGAAUGGAAGAAGGAUUUCACUCACGUGCCCCGACAAACCUUUACCGAGGAAGAGAAAGAGAAGAUGAGGAACAUCCUCAAAGAAUGGAAAACUCACCGGGAGCAUUGUGGACUGGGUGUCUCCACCUUGUGGACCAAAAACACCUCGUGGGCUUACCUCCACGGAUGUCACAACAGAGAUCUGCGAGAAGGAGAACAACUGCCCAUAUUUGGAAAGCUGGAUUGGAAUGCAGAGGAUGGAUCGAAGGCUCGAGAAGAAGAGGGCAUCGGUCCCACUGGCGAAAGUUCUCUAGACUCAGGAUAUGCAAGUAGCAACACCAGCUUCGAUGACUCAGGGCCAUAUAUCACCUCACUAGAACGCCAAUCUAGUGGGUGUGGCACACUAUCAUUGGUAUCUGAAGAGGACUCUUACGAAUUGAUCGACGACGAGGAGGAGGAGUCUCAACCACUUGCAAAGAAAUCGAUGUGGGACUGA